AACAUCAACGGAUUACAGAUUUCGAUUGUUAUAACGUAAUUAAAAAUCGAUUGAUUACUAUUUUCAUGUUGUUUACAAACAACUAAGAGUGACGAGAUUAGAUUUAUCGUCGUUGAUUGUUUAAAAAUCAGAAAGCUUAAAAAUGCCAAUAAAGACAAAGGAAAUAAAAGGAAUAUUAAUACCUAUAGAAGAACAAGUAAAUAAAUUGAAAGAAUUAAUAAAUACUAACCCUCAUAAUGAAAAUGUUCCUAUGUCGAAAAAAUCUGUUCUCUUUGAACAAUUGGAAUGUUUGGGAGAAAAAUUUGAUUUACUAUCGAAAGAAGAGAUUAGCGAUUAUGAAGAAAUGGAAUCAAAGAUCACUAGUAUCGUGGAAGAAUUUUGUUCCUUAGAAUAUAUUAAUGAAUCUAUUGAAAAUAUAGAUAAACAAAUGGCAAAUCAAAUUUUGUCUACUGUAUUAGACAAGUUUAAGUUAGCUCUUGAAGCUUUAGAAAAAUUAGAAUGUUUGCCAUUGAAGCAAAGAUUGACAGAUUGUUUGGAUUAUAUUAGAGAAAUGGGUCAAGCUAAUGAAAUUGAACAUUUUCAGAACAUUAAGGAAUUGGGCUCUUGCAUUUUGGAAUUGCUUGGACCAUUACAAAUAUAUAGGAAAAGCUUAAUGUGUCAACUAUUAGCUGAAAAGAUCAUAUUAUAUUUGUGUCAGUUAUGUGCAGCAUUUAAACUGUUAGUACAAUUAGUACAAGAGCAGCAUCGCCUAAAUGCACCAAUCUAUAAUUGCAAGAAAUAUGUGUGUGAAAGACUUUGCUUUUGCUUGAAGAUGAUAAUAGAAAUAUUGGAUAUGUUAGAUCCAUUACCAGAAGAUGAAGAAUUUGAACAAAAAAAUCACUUUGUUUAUAGAAUGGACUUGGUAUUGGACAUCUUAUCAGAAAUGCCAAAUAAAUCACUACAAGAUCAAAUACAGGAAUGCAAAGAUUUAUGGUUUCGAAUAGAAGAUGUAUUUUCAUAUGCAAUGGCUAUUGCACAAGUUUGCAAACCUUGCAAUUUUAAAGCAAUAACUGGAACCUGUCAAUCCAUUAUAUCAGAAUAUGAGAAUUUAAAAUUUCAAUUAACUUCGGAAUCGUCUGAUACAGCAUUGAAUAAUUUGUUUAUGAAUAGUUUGAGUGAUGCACUUUAUCGUUUAGAACGUAAAAUUAAUGUAUCGGUAUUGAAUCUUGUUAUGGAAGUUUUUAGUGAUCCUUUUCAUGCUCUAAGAAAACUUGUUACAAUCUGUGGUAACUCAUUAAGCGCUAAAAAACGAUCUAAAAAUGAUUUAUCCAAUGCUAUAGAAGAUUUCGAUCAAAUAAUAGAUAAAUCCAUGCAAAUUGGAUUAUUUGCUAUUGCCUCUUGUAAAGAUAGAAAUCGAAUUAAUCAAGUACGAAAUUGUUUGGCAAGUCUUGAAUCUUUAGAAACUGAAUUGAUUUCCGCCAUUACCAUGUUUUACUUGCAUCCAGAUAGCAAAGAGAUACGAGCAAAUGUAAAGUUAUUAACUGCACAAUGGCAAUUAGAAGUUAAUAAAUUACAUGAUGCAAUUAAUCUGAUUAUGGAUUCUGCUGCUUAUUGUCAAGUAGUUUUAGAUGAUCUUCAAGAUCGUAUUUCAGAAAUGUCGAAUUGUCUUGACAAUAGAAAGCCUGUUACUCAAGCACAAGUACAAAGUGUUGUGCUCAGAUCAUUAUCACUCUCUCGCCAAAUUAGUAUUACAAUAAACGAUAUUGGAAGUGAUAUUGUUGAAAGACAAACAAUAAUGAUGAUUAGAGAAUUAAAAGCUGCAAUUUUUGAAGCUGAUGCUGCUUCAAAAAGUCUUUUAAUAGAAAAUGCUACCGAACCACAACAAUUACGGGUAAUAAAAAGAUGCGAAUUAAUAUUGAAUGUAGUAAAACGAUUACAUCCCGCUUUAGUUGCUAUUAUGAAUAAUACAAUGUUAAUGAAUACAACUUAUGGUAAAAAUGGCAAGGGACAAGGUGAUACUAUUCAUGGUACGUUAUUUUCUCUCCAAUUAUUAAUUUUUGAUGUUAUAUUCAUUUUGUAUACUUCUUUUUUUUUAGAUGUGAGUAAUAAAUUGACAUCUACAAUUUAUGGAUUAUCCAAUGAUAAUCAUAGAAAACCUUUAACUUAUGUAAGAACUCCUUAUACAGUGAGCAGUUGCAAAUCACCAUUAUCUAUACAAACUGCGAAUAGUGUUUCUAGAACCCAAUUGAAUUUAUCGUGUUUGAUUCCUUAUAUUAAAAAGGGACGUGAAAUGCGCACUGAACGUUCGGUUAUGUAUAAAACACCAUGCAAAAAUGAUUCCCUUGAUCGAUCUUUGAUUGAUGAAAAAUUAAAAAACCGCAGUUUGAUUACCAUCAGACAACAUCUUUUUAGUAGGGACAAUAUUAGCUCUCAUGAUGAUACGUGUUUAUCAGAAGAAAGGAUGAAUCUAACAGGUAUUUUAGAGAGAUUUGUAUUUUCUUGUACAAAUUUAACUACAACAUCAUCAAAAUCUCACCAUGUUGAGAAAACUCAACAUGAUACAAAUACUGAUGGAUCAGAUAAAAAGUCUGUUCGACAUUUAACAGAAUUGGUUGAAUGCAUCGAAAACCAAUCUGAUAUGACAACAGGUAAAAUGGAUCAGUGUUCUACAAUUGGCGGAGGUGAUGGUCCAUCAAUCGUAAAUAUAUCAAAAACUUACGAUGAUACGCAACGCUUAAGUAAUAAUACUGAAAUAACGCAAGAACGAUUAUUUGGAGAUUAAAUAUAAUUGUUAUGAAUUACAUUGAUAAUGAAAAAUAAUGAUCUUCAUUGAAUUUGAAGUUUCAGUAUAUUGAUCGAAAAAUACAAACGUUCACAGUUAAAAUACAAUGUGUUAAAAUAGUUUUUAUUAAAAAUUAAAUACAAUAUUAUAUUUUUAAAUAAAUAAAGAAUGUAUGUGACAGAGAGAGAGCGAGAGAGAGAGAGAGAGAGAGAGAGAGAGAGAGAGAGAGAGAGAGAGAGAGAGAGGAAAAGAGAUUAAGAAAGAAUGUAUUAAGUAAACUCAAGUUCUAAUUCAACUUUUAUAUAUUUGUAAAAUUUUCAUUAAUAAAAAGAUGUUUUUGAAUUGACUUAUUAAA